UCCUAUGCGCUCUCUCCGUCUGCUAAAUAGAAGUUAGCCAGAUGCUAUGUUUAAGUGAGUUUGGGAAUAUACGAAGAUUACAGUAAUUUGUAGUUGUUAAAACUACUCUCGUUAGAAGCCAUGACAGCUAUAAAAGACGGGGAGUACACGGCUACCAUCUACAAACUGAUUAAAGACGGCCAGUAUGUAGAGGCAAUUCACAUCCUAAACAGUCAGCUUCAAAAACACACGAAGUCCAGGGCAGCACUGUCUCUGCUGGGCUACUGCUACUAUCACAUACAGGACUUCACCAAUGCUGCAGAGUGCUAUGAGCAGCUCACACAGCUGCACCCAGAGGUGGAGGAGUACAAGGUGUACUAUGCCCAGUCCCUUUACAAAGCUGGUGCUUAUCCUGAGGCCAACAAGGCUUCCUUUGUUCUGGACAACCCCAGCAGUCACACCAAGAUGGUCAAGCUGCAAGCAUGUAUCAAAUAUUGUGAGGAAGAUUACUCCGCUGCCAAGUCUCUGUUGGAGCAGCUGCCCCAGGAUGACCCAGACUACAUCUACAACAUGGGCUGUCUCCUUUACCAAGAUGGAAAGUAUGAGGAGGCCUGCAAGAAGUUCAUGACUGCCAUGCAAGUGCUGGGAUACGUGCCAGCAUUGUCCUACAACAUCGCCCUGUCUUACUACAGCCUGAAGAACUACGCUCAGGCCCUCAAAUACAUCGGUGAGAUCAUCGAACGAGGCAUCAGGGAACAUCCAGAGCUGAGCAUCGGCAUGACGACUGAAGGCAUCGACGUCCACAGUGUGGGCAACACCCUGGUGUUGCAUCAGACAGCUCUGAUCGAAGCCUUCAACCUCAAAGCCGCCAUAGAGUACCAGCUGAAGAACCUGAAAGGUGCUCAGGAGGCUUUGACAGACAUGCCCCCCAGAUCAGAGGAGGAGCUGGACCCGGUGACACUCCACAACCAGGCUCUGGUGAACAUGGACACAAAGCCGUCGGAGGGUUUUGAGAAGUUGGCCUUCCUGCUGCAGCAGCCUUCCUUCCCUCCCGUCACCUUCGGAAACCUGCUGCUGCUCUACUGCAAACACGAGUACUUUGACCUGGCAGCUGACGUCCUGGCAGAAAACGCCCAUCUUACCUACAAGUUCCUCUCCCCAUACAUGUACGAGUUUCUUGACGCCUUGUUGACCUGCCAGACAGCACCAGAGGAGGCAUUUAGGAAGUUUGAUGAGAUGAACGCUAAACUGACCGAGCAGCUUCGAAAGCUGGCCAAGCAGGUGCAGGAAGCCAGGCUGGCUCGAGACGAUGAAGCACAGAAGAAAGCACUGCAGGACUACGACCUGAUGCAGGAGAAGUACAUCGUGGUCCUGAUGGCCCAGGCCAAGAUCUACUGGAACCGGGAGAACUUCCAGAUGGUGGAGAAGAUUUUCCGCAAGUCGGUGGAGGUUUGUAACGAGGACGACACUUGGAAGCUGAACGUGGCCCACGUGCUCUUCAUGCAGAACAAGUACAAGGAGGCCAUCGGCUUCUACGAGCCAAUCGUCAAGAAGCACUACGACAACAUCCUGAACGUCAGUGCUGUGGUCCUGGCCAACCUGUGUGUGUCCUACAUCAUGACCAGCCAGAAUGAAGAGGCUGAGGAGUUGAUGAGGAAGAUUGAGAAAGAGGAGGAGCAGAUUUCCUACGACGAUCCCGAUAAAAAGGUCUUCCACCUCUGCAUCGUCAACCUGGUGAUCGGGACACUGUACUGUGCCAAGGGCAACUACGACUUUGGCAUCUCUCGUGUUAUCAAGAGCCUGGAGCCAUACAAUAAGAAGCUGGGGACGGACACAUGGUUCUACGCCAAGCGUUGUUUCCUCUCUCUGCUGGAGAACAUGUCCAAACACAUGGUCAUGCUGAGGGACACUGUGGUACAGGAGUGUAUUCAGUUCCUGGAGCACUGUGAGGUCUACGGGAAGGAGGUUCCAGCUAUCAUUGAGCAGCCUCUGGAGGAGGUCCGCAUUCACAUCGGCAAGAACACCGUCACCUACGAGGCUCGGCUUCUCAAGGCGCUGUUCUACGAGGUCAUUGGCUGGAACAAGUGACAUCAUCACACGGGUGUCAGUGUAAUGUCUGAUCCCAAAAAACAUCCUGACUGUCAAUGUCUUCGACUUAAAGGAUAAUUAACAUAAACCCAGAGACAAUCAGACACACACACACACAAACACAGAUUUACUGAUGUAUUUUAAAUCAAACCAGCUGUGCAGUCAUAUAUGUCUGAGAAUUAAAACCAUGUCCAGUCCCUGACAUUUUCCCAGCUUUUGGACUUA